UGCAUAAUAUACAGUAUACAUAUUUCCUUCAGAAUAUUCUGGCUAACUCUUCUGAACACAAAGACAACAGGAGAAUUAAAAUAGAAAGCAGAGAAAGCAAAGAAAGUACCCUGUAUGGCUGUCUUACAUGGUUUUUAGCUUUUUGAGAUUAAAACUGGACACAAGUACUAGGAAAACAACAGGGAAAGAUCAUGUCUGUGGCAUCUGUAGUAACAAAUAUCUUGGCUUCAAAAUUAUUCAGUUAUUUAUUCAUAAUGAACAACAUAAGUCAUCCCAGUAAUUGCCAGGCUGUUUUACAAGUUAAAAUUAGAACAUGCACAAAUUUAACAUGAUACAGCACUGAUAAAGAUGAUGUAUUGGUUGGGCUCUCUCUACCUUCUGCGUAGAACAAAGAAUCCUUAUUUUGAGCUGGUAGACAGUAAUGCAGCAAAUUAAGGUUAUUCUGUCAGCCCAGGAAAGGGAGGCAGAGAAACACUUGCAAAACUAUUUCUAUUUUAUCAUUGUUGUGUAGCAACAAUGGUAAACUACUCUAUUCUGUUCCUGCCAACAGAGGUUUAAAAAAAAACAAAUACCCUAUUGGUAAUAGAAUCAUAGAAUGGUUUGGGUUGGAAGGGACCUUUUAUAGAUCAUCUAAUCCAGGACCCCUGACAUGGCAGGAACAUCUUUCACUACAUCGCAUUGCUCAAAGCCCCACCCAACCUGGCCUUGAACACUUCCAGUGGUGGGACAUCCACAACCUCUCUGGGCAACCUGUUCCACUGUCUCACCACCCUCACUGUAAAAAAAAUUCUUCCAUAUGUCCAAUCUAAAUCUACUCUCUUUCAGUUUAAAACCAUUACCCCUUGUGCAGUCACUACAGGCCCUGGUACAAAGGCUCUCUCCAUCUUUCUUUUAAACCCCCUUUAAGUAUUGAAAGGCAACAAUAAGGUUUCCCCAGAGCCUUCUCUUCUUCAGGCCAAAUCAAAUCAACUCUCUCAGCCUUUCUUCACAGGAGAGGUGCUCCAGCCCUCUGGAGCCAUAUUUGUGGCCUGCCUCUGGAUCCACUCAAGCAGGUCCAUGUCUUUCUUAUACAGGGCACUCUAGAGCUGAACACAGUACUUGAGAUGGGGUCUCAUGAGAGCAGAGUAAAGGGGAUAAUCACCUCCCUCAACCUGUUGGCUAUGCUUCUUUUUAUGCAGCUCAGGAUACAAUAGGCUUUCUGGGCUGCAAACACACAUUGUUGGCUCAUGUCCAAUUUUUCAUCCACCAGUACCCCCAAGUCCUUCUCUGCAGGGCCACUCUCAAUCCUUUCACCACCCAGUCUGUACUAGUACUGGCAAUUACCCCAACCCAGGUACAGGAGCUUGCACUUGGCCUUCUUUAACUUGAUGAGUUUCACAUGGGCCCACUUCUCACACCUGGAGGGACCUUGACAGAUGGCAUACUAACUGUGCCCCUCUGCUUGGUAUCAUCUGCAAGCUUGCUAUGUCAUUAAUUAAGAUAAUGAAUACUAAUGAAGUACUGGUCCCACUAUGGACCCUUGAGGGACACCACUCAUUACUAGUUUCCAUUUAGACAUUGAGCCAUUAACUGUAACUCUUUGGAUGUGGCCAUCCAGCUGAUUCCUUAUCCAUCAAAUCCAUCUCACUCCAAUUUAAAGGCAAGAAUGGGCACUAUGUCAAGGGCAUUACAGAAGUCCUGGUUGCUCUUCCCUUGUCCACUGAUAUAGUCACUCCCUUGUAGAAGGCCACUAGAUUAGUCAGGCACUAUUUGCCCGUGGUGAAACCAUGUAGGCUGUCUUGAAUCACCUCCCUGUCUUCCAUAUGCUUCAACAUAGCUUCCAGGAGGAUCUGUUACAUGACCUUACCAGGCACAGAGGUGAGGCUGACUGGUCCAUAGUUCCCAGGGUUCUCCUUUGUAAAAACAGGUGUGAUAUUCCCUUUUCUCCAGUCACUGGGGACUUUGCCUGACUGCCACAACUUUUGGAAUAUGAUGAGAGUGGCUUAGCAACGGCAUCUGCCAGUUCUCUCAGGACCCCGGGAUGCCUCUCAUCAGGUCCCAUGGACUUGUCUAUGUUCAGUUUCCUCAGAGAGUCCUGCACUUGGUCUUCUCUUACGAUGGAAGAGACUUUAUUCCCCACCUUGAGGUUCAGGGAGUUGCAAGAUGUGGGAAGAGUGACUGCCAGUGAAAACCGAGGCAAAAAAUAAUUUUUGAGUACCUCAGCCAUCUUCACGUGGGUGGUCACUAGAUCUCCCAUCUUAUUUAUCAGAGGUCUGGGGAUGUAUACAUUUUCUUAAAUUCUCCUUUUCUGACUAACAUACCUGUAACGAUACCUUAUUACGCUUCACAUCCGUUGCCAAAUUCAGCUCUAGCUGUGCCUUAGCUCUCCUCAUCCCAUUCUAUACACCCAAGCAGCAUCCCUAUAUUCUUCUAUAUGGAUUACAUAUUCCUGCUUCCAGUUCCUAUGCAUUUCCUUCUUGCACUUCAGUAUAACCAGGAGGGCCUUACUCAUUUAUACCAGUGUCCUGCCUUCCUUGCCUGAUUUCUUACACAUGGACAUCAAGAGCUUUCGUACUUUAAGAAAAACAUCCUUAAAGAGCUCCCAGCUCUCUUCUGCUCCUUUAUCACCAAGGGAAGUUUCCCAAGGGCUCCCAUCCACUAGUUCCUAAAACAACUGGAAGUUCACUCUCCUAAAAUUCAGAUUCUCCACUUUACUCUUCAUCUGGCCCAUAUCCCUCAAGAUCAUGAAUUCAAAUAUACAAAACAAUAUAUAUAAGAAAAUACAAAAAAUUAAGAAAUUAUCCAGUCUGCAACUGCUUUGAUUUUGCAAUACAGUCUUUCAUAGUUGCUGCAGAGCUUUCCUGAUUAUUUUUUUAUUGUUCUGUACCUUAUCGUUGUUCUACCAGUUUACUUUUGCAGUAGAAAGAAGCUAUUAGGAGAAAAUAUUUUUCAGAAAGAAAUUACUCAGCAAUGUAGAUACAGUUUAGAUUCCUACAUAAGCUUUUACACAUCUGUGUGUUGCUGUACAUUAUGCCUUUAAUUCUAAUACAAGUUUUGCUGUGUGCCAAAAACAGUUACUUCAAUGCUAAAUCCAUAACUUCAGCAAACAGUCUGUGGCUCCGUCUUUGUCUCCUUUAACUUUUUUUUUUCCACCAACAAAACCAAAACGGUCCAGUAGGGGGAGUUUGAAGGCCAAAGGACAAAAAAAGUAACAAAAAUAUACUAUUUUACAUAGAAAGUUAUGACAAUCAUUAAAUGCAAGCAUAAAUAGCUUAGAAUAUACAGACAGUAAAUACAUUUUAAGUUUAAAAUAUUGAUAAUUAAAGCUGUAGCUUCAAAAUAUUGUGCCACUCUUAAGUACAGCCUUCUACCCAAAUAGGCAGGCUUAUAUUUCCCAGGUGCACGUUUCAUCCCUUUCCUUUGGGCUGGCAGCACGUCUAUGCAGCCUUGUGCAAAACUAAAUCAGGCCUAAACCACCUUUUUUUAAAGCCUGAAUGGAUAGUGUAAAACAGAGUGAAUUAAAAAAGGAAAACAAAAAAAAAAGUAGCUUGAGAUGUGAGACUGAACGCUCUUUUUAAGCCCUAAAUGCUAUGGGACAUUUACAACAGAUGCUUUCUGUUGUGGAUAUUUAAAGUAGCAUAGCUGAACUCCCAUAGGGAAGCGCCAGGUGCACUUUCUCCCCCUGUGCCCAAUUUUACACACCUUUCAAGAAAACGCUCCACUUAAGGAAAACGCGUGCCGCAGAAGCCCGGGCUGUUGCCACUUCAGGGUGCGGAACACGACCCUGCCUCGGGAAGCCACCGCCACAGGAGCAGGAGCAGCCCCAGCCCACCGCCUUCACCGCCGUCCUGUCGAGCCUCUUCCCGCUCAGCCUGAGGUACCACCGGUGCUGCACGAUGCGCCUCGCCCCUCCAAGCCUGGGGUGGGAACGGCAGAGAGGCAAGAGUAGCCUAAGGCUCCUUUGCCACAGCAAUACACUAGAAUAACCGUGAAAGCACCAUUACAGCGCUCUCACCUCGCUCCGAGGGACGCGGGGUCCGGGUCCGGUCCGCCCCCUCUCGGCAGGAGAGGGUACCUGCCCAGCACACGUACGUCAGAGCCCCCUCCGGCCAUGCACCACAGCCCACCGCCCGCGUACUCAUGCGCAUUGGGCAGAGUGUGCUUGCGCACGGGGCGUGGCCUUGAAGGCGGAAGGCCUGGGUGUUUCUGGAGGGUUCUAGGGAGCGGAGAGGCAGUGCGUGUAGGGUGUGACUGGGCAUUUGAGGCUAUGGUGCUGUUGGUUGAGGUGAGGGGGUGUUUUUACGAGGGAGAGCGUGAAGCUAAGGCAGAAUGUUAAGGAAGCUGGGGGGAGGAGGGAAAAAAGCAGAAAACAUAUCUUCUUCAUAGUCUUUCACUUUUUAUUGUGCUCUUCUUUCCUUGAUCUGUGCCUGUUAAGUGUGGGUUUUUAUGGAUGGACUGCUGGGAUAGUGGGUUGGUUGUUUUUUCUAGGAAUGUUUAUAUCAGAUUUGUGUUGUUGGAGAGGUAUCCUUUUAUCUUCUUACCUUUGUUAUGUUUUUCUUAGGGUAGCAGUUGGAGGUGAGCAGUUUAAUAAUCUCUUGAAUCUUUACAAGUAGUGUUGAGGAAGACUGUAGCUGAAAAACAUGGAAGUCUUGGUAUUAGAGAUUGAAGAUCCAGGUUGCUUUUGGGUUACUAUGAAAGGACGCGGGCCUUACAUAGUCGAUGAAACAGAAUAUAAAAACCUGAAUGCUGAAAUGAAUCAGUUCUAUGACAAAUCUUAUAAAGAUGUGGAUGAAGUAAAACCAGUAACAGUAGAAGAAGGCCAGGUUUGUGUGGUUUUUAGUGAGGAACUCAAAUGCUGGUGUAGAGCGGUGAUUAAAUCAAUCAUGUACUGUACAGAUCAUUAUAAAACAGAAUGUUUUCUUGUGGAUUAUGGCAAAUACAUUUUUGUUAAAUCAAAGGACAUUCGGGUUGCACUGGAAGCAUUUAUGCAGAUCCCAUAUAGAGCAAAAAGGUGUAGGCUGUAUCGCACAAAGCCAGUGACAUUGCGUAUUGACUUUUAUGAAGAUACUGCAAAAAUAGUACCAGCCAAAAGAUGGGAUAGUGCUGCUACUCGGUAUUUUCAAAACCUUCUCAAAGCAACCACCCAAAUGAAAGCCAAGUUAUGUGCCAUAGAAGAUAACACAUUUGAUGUUUUCCUUUAUGUGACAAUAAAAGAUGAAAAGGUAUGCGUCAAUGAUGAUCUUGUCUCAAAGAACUUUGCGCGUUUUGAGGAAGCUAAAGAGAAUACAGGGAGUUUUACGGAUUAUCAGGAGAGCGAAACAUCGCUAAAUGCUGAGUCUCUUCCAGUGAAAACUCUUAAUCCUGCGCUUGCUUUCAGGCCAGUGAUAUUUCAGGAGAAGAUAUCAACAAAUCUUGAAACAGGUCUUGCUGCUUCCAGUUCCUUUCUUGAAGAGACAUACCAGAAGUCAAGCACAGAUCUAAUUGAAAGUACUGCUCCUAUUGUCAAAGCAAUUCCAGGUUUGUCUUUCAAGGAAAAUACAGCAGUUCACACAGACAGGCUUCAGCAGUUCUUAAAUUCUGUUCCUCUGAAGACACACAUAGUUGAAGAUGACCAACAGAGUUUUCAAAAUCUUAGUGAAGAAAGAAACUUUGUCUUUCUUAGCAACAAAAUUGAGCCAUCAUCAGUUCUGGAAACAGCACCACUUUUUGAUGAUCUGAAAAAGGAACUUACUUGGAAAAAAUUUUCAGGCCCUGACUUCACAGAAUCUUACUGUUGGCCACCAGUAGCUCGAGGAUGUGAUGUAGUUGCCAUCUCAUAUCAGGGAAAUGAUCCUUUUUUAUAUAUUCCACCAGUUCUUACAUUUUUGCAGUCGGGAAGCUGCUACAAAGCCUUGCCAAACAGGAGCGGACCACUAGCACUUAUUUUAUGUCCUGGGUGGAAGAAGGCACAACUUGUUUUUGAGCUACUGAAAACAUACGAGAGAUGCUCCAGACAGCUUCAUCCUAUGUUGAUAAUACUUGGGCAGAACAAAGAAGAAGGUAGACAUGUGAAAAUACGAGGAUGUGAAGUAAUUGUGACUACACCGUAUAGCCUCCUGAGACUGUUUGAACAUCACAGUUUAUUAUUUUGUAGGCUUUGUCAUCUUGUUCUUGACGAGAUUGAGGUGUUGUUCUCUGAUGCUUCUGAACAGGUUUUUACUAUAUUAGAUUGUUACAAGAAAGCCAUUAUUACUGAAGAGUGGGAGUAUUCACCACAUCAGAUUAUUGCUGCUGGAACUCGUUGGAAUAAACAUAUAGCACGCUUGAUAAAGGAGUUCAUGAAUGAUCCUUACAUUGUGAUAACAGCUAUGGAAGAAGCUUCUAUCUAUGGAAACGUGCAACAGGUUGUGCAACCUUGCAUGAACAGUGAGAGAACUGCUGUGUUACUCAAAAUACUAGAUUUUACCUGCAAUAAUCUUCAGAAGGUGCUGGUAUUUACUAAUUCAGUAAAUGAAGCAGAAAUGGUUCAUAAGGUACUGAAGAGCAAUUCAAUAUUUGCCUUGAAGAUACAUAAAGAGAGUGAGUUUAAUUUCAAGUAUAUCUUAGAGCAGUGGACAAAAAAUAGUUCUGGCACUCAUGUCGUACUAGUUUUAACAGAUGACUGCAUGCACUCUUUGGGGAUUACAGAUGCAACUUGUGUGAUACAUUUCAGUUUUCCUUCUCCAAGAAUCUUUGGUCAACGUCUACACAGCCUGUCUGACAACUUCUGUAAUUUGAUAAAGGAUUCUUCUGUAGAUCAGGAAUAUACGAAGGCAAGGUCAGUCAUUUUACUAACAGAAAGCAGUGCAUGUCACGCACUUGGGAUCCUGCGCUAUUUGCAGCAUGCAGAAGCUGAAAUUCCACCAGAACUGCAAGAUUUUACUGCCAAGAUGCUAGAAGCUGAAGAGGAUAAGAAAUCUUCAAGGCCACUGUGUGCCUAUCUUAAAACAUUUGGGAUUUGCAAGAAUAGAACAGUGUGUCCAGAUCGUCAUCAAAUUAAUUUACAAAUAGACGUGCCUCAGAAUAUACCAGAUAAAAUUAUACAAAUGCCUGGAUGUGUGACAGUACUGCCUCUCCACAUUGUAAAUGCAACAAACUACUUCGGUCGAAUAGUAGAUAAACAGAAGGACCAAUAUACAAUUCUUGCUGAAGAAAUUAAUGAGUAUUUUAAGAAACCUAGUAAUAAAAUUUCUGUUAAAAAUGUGGAGAAACUAGCAUUUUAUGGAUUACAUGAGAAAACACUUUUUCACAGGGUUCAGGUGGUAGAGAUUUCUACAAAAGAGGAGGAAAGUUUAUUCUUUAAUGUCAAAAUUAAAUAUAUAGAUGAAGGCAGAACAAAUCAAGUUCAGAGCUAUCAGCUGCUUCACUUACCUGCAAGGUUUCAGUGUCUUCCACCUCAGGCUGUGGAAUUUGUAGUUUGUAGAGUGAAACCCAUUGAUAAUGAAAUUGAAUGGAACCCAAAGGUAACUCAUUAUAUUAAUCACAAAAUUAAAGGAAAACUCCAUGAAGCAAAAAUAGUACAUAUCCUGGGAAAUACAGCUUGGGUUGAUCCAAUGGUCCGGGUUACCAGGCUCUCAGAUUUGAAGACAUCUAUCAAUGAAUACAAUGUUCGAUCUGAGAUUUUGGCUACAGGUCUGGGAACUGACAAUCCAGAACAUGUAAUGCAACUUCAGAAGUUGUGUGGACACAUGAAGGUAUUGGAUCAUGCUAAGAAGUUGGAGCCUUUAAGCAUAAAGGAAGAUACAGCUGGUCCAGAGAAUGCGUCCAGUCCACAGAAUAUGUCAGUACAAGAAAAUUCUACUGAAAACUGUAAUUCAUCUAAAAUUACUCUUAGGAAUCAUCCAUGUGAUGGUGUAGCUCAAACUAAGGAAGCAAAAGACUCUGCCUUGCGUCCCCAUAAAUGCUUUCAUCCAGAAAUAAAAUGGUUUCAAAAUGAAGAGACUGUUACAGUGAAGGUAAAAAUAGCAAGUGUAGCUGACUGUAAAUGCGAGUUCGCUAAAGAGAAGGUGGUUUUCAGUGCUUGUUCAGGAGAUAAGUUUUAUUUGGCUGACAUGGAGCUGCAUCAGUGUAUACUUGCAGAAAAGUCUACAUGUGUGAUAAAGGAUCAAGAGGUUAUUAUUGUUCUUGCAAAAGAGAAAAAAGGACUGUGGUGCAAAUUACUGAAGAACAAGAAUCCUCAAGUGUCUCUUGAUUUUGAACACUGGGAAGAUUUUGAAGAUAAAAGCCCUUUUCCAGUUGGUACUAAAAAAUUGUAUUGCCCUGCUGCAGUAACCGAAGAAUUGAUUGACUCCUCAGAAGACAGUGGAACAGAAAGUGAUGAGUAAUUUGGAGACAGAUCUUUUCCUCUGAUAAGAAUUAUGCUUCAGAAUAGUCUCUUGCAUGAGUAUUUCCACUAAAAUUUGUAAAACAAAACAUACAGGUUGCAGAACUGUCCUUAAUUUUAGAAGGAAAAUAGUAGUUUAAGCCCUUAUCUUUGAGUGCUGAGAUUCUGAAUAAAUACUCCAUGGAAGGAACACUAUGUUUGUUUUCCAGUGCCUUCACUUUAAAAUUGUUGGCUAUAACGAUGAUGUGCACAUAUGUACGUGUGCUAUCCAAACAGUAAAAUCUACAGAUUAAAUUUGGGUUGUGAAGCAGUUGAAUUUAUUAGUAAUCAAGGAACUUCUAGUUUACUUAUCUGAGUGAAUUUUCAGUGUUUGCAAUAGUUAGUAAUUUUUGAAGUUUCACAAAUGCUGACGAUCUGUCAAUUGUUUCUACCGUAUCUCUCAUUCAUUCAGUAUUUAGUUUGGCAAUCAUCAUGUUUGUCUGUUCUGCAUCAAGAAAGGAUGCGUCAACACCAAGGGCAAUUUUGGUUACUUGAUUGGAAAUACAUUGACUUGGUAUGAAAUACUGUACAGUACAUUUCACUGUAGUGAAUAUAAUGAGCACUGUGAUAGUAGAUUCAGUAUUUGUCUUCAGUUUGACGCUUCCACUUUUCAUAAAUGGUCUUAUUUAAUUCCCUCUCGUUUAUCUAAAACUCUCUCCUCCUUUGCAAACGAACAAUAAAAUCUUGUCUGUUUAGCCCUAAGGCUUUGCCUUUUAGUAUCUUUCAGUAAAUAAUUUUUCCCUGUUAUGUUUUUGUACAUCCAGAACAUCUUGCAGUGGAGUAAUAAUGUAAAAGUAGUUUAUAAUAAAUGAAUCUGGUGUAGAUCUCUUUGCAUCUAUAGAUUUUAAAGCACACUAGUUUCCCAACAUAGCUAUAUGGUGAUUUAGAAUAGAGACUUAAAUUUAUGGACUUACUUUAAGCAGCCUAAAGUUUUGUUGUAUUCUUGACUAGGAAGAAUACACUUGCUUGUGGGGGAUUAUUCUUUCAAGAAACAUUGGGAUGCCUUCAAGAAUGGGAGGAGGACUGUAUUCAUGUUUACGCUGACAGCUACAGUUUUUCUAGUAUUAGCAUAAAAUAAAGCUGAUUCUUUCUGAAU